CAGUUGGAGUAGUCUUCAGUAUGAGGCAGUCUCCUGUUUAGCUGGGAAUAAACAGCUCACAACAUAAUUUUAAAUCAAAAUCUUUGCCACACAACACUGAAGGAUGAGGCCACCUGCUGAGUUUUGUGUUUUUCUGUUGUCUCUGCUUGUUCCCGGGGUCUUGUACAUCAUGAACAACAUCACAGUGCUACAAGAACCCUUGCCAAUCCUGGGAAUGGGGAUGGUUGUACUGGGAUCACUUCUGCUUAUCCUCCUUCUCAUUGUGCAACAUCAGACCAAAGUGGACCCUUUGUUCUAUGUAUUUGCAGAGUUUGCUUUUAUCUGCAUGGUGGGCCUCACUAAUGCCCUGGAGCAGGAUGGAUACAUCUCAGGCUUCAUGGCUUUUUACUUAAAAAUGGGUGAACCUCAUCUGAGUGCUGCUUAUGCUGUUAUGAUGUCCUACUGGGAAGGCAUUGUGCACUUCAUCCUCUUCAUAACUAUUAUUCACCGCAUGUUUAAAGGGAAAUCUUAUCGUAGCCUAGCUCUGCUAUGGACAGGGUCAUCCAUCGCCCAUCAAGUUGUCCAUAUACUAGGAGUAGUCAUAGGUAAAUACGGCUCUAACAUCAGACCUGCAUUUUGGAAGAAUACCCCUUUCUUUCUGGUGCCAUUUUGGGCUGCCUCUGUGCUCUUGAGCAGACCUAGAGAGAUGCCUAUUGUAACUGCAGAUAAGAUUGUGGCAGAACAGAAAAAAAGUCUGCUCUCUCGGCCUGUUGACCUAAUCCUGUCUAUUCUGUUACUGGGAGCUAUGGCCUUCACUGUUUUUAGGGGGUUUGUGGUCCUGGACUGUCCUUUAGAUGCUUGUUUUAACUACAUUUACCAGUAUGAACCUUAUCUCAAAGAUCCAGUGGGCUUCCCCAGGAUAACGAUGCUGAUGUACCUGUUCUACGCAGUACCGUUGAUGGUCAUUCUUAUUUAUGGGCUGACCACACCUGGCUGUGGCUGGAUGUUAGACUGGACUAUCUUAUUCGCUGGAGCCAUGGCCCAGGCUCAGUGGUGCCAUAUCGGAGCAUCUCUCCACUCCCGUACUCCCUUCACGUACCGUGUCCCAACAGACAAAUGGUGGCCUGUUAUCUCUGUGAAUGUGCUGCUCGCCGCUGUGCCCUCUGUCCUGGCCCUGCGCUGCCUCACCAGCCCUGCUUAUUUUAUGAAACCUGUUCCCAAAGGACAAACCAGCAAUGACAAGAAGAAGAAGUAGACCACACAGGAAGCACAGAACUUUGGAAUACUGUGGCAUUGUUGUGUGCACAGACCAUGCACUCCCUGUAUAAACUUUUGGACUAUUGGACCCUGAUAGGAGACUGUUGAUGAAGAUGUGUGAUCGGCAAGCUGUGCUUUCAGGUGAAACAUACUGUUGAUCUUGUCUUAUUCACUCAGAAUACGACUACUACAAGCUGCUCAGGAUAGACUUCUCUCUGUCUGAUUACACAAUAUCAGUGUAACGGAUUUGAAAGCGAUCUGAAGCAUUAAA